AGCUGGUCCCUGGCCGGCGGCUUGCCCCACCAAGCGACUACAUGCAACCACUACCAAGUCCAACCAGCAACGAAGUAUGAACACAAGCGCACUUGGAGACCCGGCUCAUCUAUUACCACCUUCAUGGAAGUCGGUCGUAACUGAAUGGUUAAGAGAAGACACGCCGAGUUUCGAUUAUGGUGGAUUCGUCGUAGGUGAAAGCCAACAGGAAGCCCAGUUGUUGGGUAAAUCUCAAGGUAUCCUGGCCGGCGUCCCUUUCUUUGACGAAAUCUUCCAUCAACUGGAAUGCAGGGUUGAAUGGAAGUUUAAGGAAGGAGAUCUGGUACCGGGCGGAAGAACAGUUGUGGCUAUCGUUACGGGUAAAGCCAGGUGUCUGCUGAUUGGAGAACGAGUCGGCUUGAACUUGUUAGCGCGUUGUAGUGGGAUUGCGACUCAGUCUCAUCAAAUGCUGAAACUAGCUCGAGAUCAUUCUUACAAAGGAUUGAUCGCAGGUACGAGGAAGACGACACCAGGCUUUAGAUUGGUCGAAAAGUAUGGGAUGUUAGUGGGAGGCAUCGAUCCUCAUCGAUAUGACUUAUCAAGUAUGGUGAUGUUGAAGGACAACCACAUCUGGAGCAAAGGUUCGAUCACCGCUGCCAUCCAAGCAGCUCGUAGCGUUUGUGGAUUCAGUUUGAGGAUUGAUGUUGAGGUCCGAGAUGAGAAAGAAGCUAAGGAAGCUAUUGAGGCCGGAGCAGAUGUAAUCAUGUUGGAUAACUUCACCCCUGAAAAUGUCAAGACCUCCGCUCGAUCUCUGAAACAAAGCUUCCAAGGCACCGAUCGUCGAUUCCUCAUCGAAGUUUCCGGAGGCCUAACGGAACAAAACAUUAGCUCCCACCUCUGUCACGAUGUAGAUAUAUACUCGACUUCAAGCGUCCACCAAGGCACACGAACCAUCGACUUCUCUUUGAAGAUCGUACCUACCGUCGAGGGCUUCACUGGUGCAAUCUCAUCAAACUAGAGAUUGUCAUGAUCUGUGGAUUUUAAUGAUGGUUGAAGAGAAACAGCCCCUCAUAAUAGACGAGCAAAUCUCACAAUGUAUUCUAGAGCUUUUCGGAAAUGUACUAUGUAUGGCUAUUUCGUUCACUGUGAAUCUGGAAUAGCGCGCUUGUAUCCAUUUUUUUCUUGCCCCGGAAUUCAUUUAUGUAUAGACCCCUGGGGAGCCCAGACUCAGAGUGUGCAAUUUAUUCAAAGUCAAUCACUUCUAUUAUUGCCUCUUUUGAAAG